CAUGGAGACCACAACAACAGAAACUUGCGGACUAGAGCAUCAAUAAAAAGAAAACUUUUUCAUUCACGCAGUCUGUUAAGUCCGCGUUAUCACCAAUCAUACUCUUCGUCGUACUGCACUCUGCCCCCCAAGUUCCCGUAUCCCUUCCUUGAUUUUGAGCUUAUGGGCGCAGUUGGAUCCGCAGUGAGACCACAAAUAGUAGACAUGUCUUCCAAGCAGGCGAAAUUUGUCGAGAACACCAUUGCUAGCAACAAGGUUGUGAUAUUCAGCAAGACCUAUUGCCCCUACUGCACCAUGGCGAAGGAGCCCUUCCGAAAGCUUAAUGUGGAUGCAACUAUUAUCGAGUUGGAUGGAAAUCCGGAUGGCAAUGAGAUCCAGUCUGUCCUUGGGGAACUUACGGGGGCUAAAACGGUUCCUCGUGUUUUCAUUAAUGGAAAAUUCGUUGGUGGCGGCACGGACAUCAAAAGAAUGUUCGAAACUGGAGCUUUGCAGAAAUACUUUCAGUAAUGAACCAACUGUGCAAUGUUAUAAUGCCUAUAGUGUGUUACUAAGGUGAUCUUCAUGUACAAAAAGUUAUCAACCCUUUAUCUAAUUCAUGUUCAAAGUCUUAAAUAAAUUUAUUUAAUUAUUUGAUAUUUGGUCAAGCAAAAAUGUA